GGAUCGGGCUGCUCUGGACGGUGUGGGAAGGAGAAGAGAAAGCCUGGUGGAGACGGAGGGAGGAUCGGGCUGCUCUGGACGGUGUGGGAAGGAGAAGAGAAAGCCUGGUGGAGACGGAGGGAGGAUCGGGCUGCUCUGGACGGUGUGGGAAGGAGAAGAGAAAGCCUGGUGGAGACGGAGGGAGGAUCGCGCUGCUCUGAACGGUGUGGGAAGGAGAAGAGAAAGCCUGGUGGAGACGGAGGGAGGAUCGGGCUGCUCUGGACGGUGUGGGAAGGAGAAGAGAAAGCCUGGUGGAGACGGAGGGAGGAUCGCGCUGCUCUGGACGGUGUGGGAAGGAGAAGAGAAAGCCUGGUGGAGACGGAGGGAGGAUCGCGCUGCUCUGGACGGUGUGGGAAGGAGAAGAGAAAGCCUGGUGGAGACGGAGGGAGGAUCGCGCUGCUCUGAACGGUGUGGGAAGGAGAAGAGAAGUCAAUCAAAGCCUGAAACUUUCCUCUCAAAGACAGCUGUUCUUUUGCAGCCUUCGAGGGACGCCCAGCGGUCACCAGUGGAUUAUUUCAAUACCUGGGAGAGAGGACAUUAUAUGCAACGUUUUACCAGGUUGAUGGAAGCUUUUUGUUUUACUUGUCCGCCAACUGUACAUGAACUGAGCGCAGCUUCCGGAUGUAACUGUUUAGGGUUUGGGUCCUCUUCUCUCCGCUGGAUUUCUCCAUUCUUCCUGUCUGUCCAUGCUGUUUGAUAACUGCACUGGUUUAUUCAAUAACUUCGAUAAUCAUUAUCAAGUGUUUCCAGAAGAAUGAAGCCACCCAGAUAACAAGGGUGAAGACUUUACCACACCAGAGGAGUUGAGCUCAGAGCCAGGCCAGAGGAGUUGAGCUCAGAGCCAGGCCAGAGGAGUUGAGCUCAGAGCCAGGCCAGAGGAGUUGAGCUCAGAGCCAGGCCAGAGGAGUUGAGCUCUGUGCGCUGAGUUCAACAAGAACACUUCCUGAUGAUGACAGUAAACAUGGAUGACUGUCUCCAAAAUGGACCAGGGCAGCAUAGGAACUCACAAGAUGACGAGAAUGCUCUGAACUCCAUCAUGAAGGACUUGGCUGCUCUUGGUCGCUGCAGCAGCAACAACACCAAGCUAUACAAACAGGAUUUAAGAGUCAAGCUGGAACAUGAGAAAGAGAAACGCAUCAUCCCAUUUCAGCGACCCCUGAAGAUCAAGGAGCUGCUUCAGAAGGUCACGGAGGCCUUCGGACAACAGAUGGACCUCUUCUACACAGACAAGGAGCGGCUGUUUCCUCUAAAGAGCCAGGAGGAUGUUGACAGAGCGGUGCUCAACGUGGGCUCUACCAGCCUGCUCAGACUACUGCUGAAAACACCCACCAACAACCAUUUACUACAGGUGGGCAGCAGGGACAAACAGAGCGAGAUGAGGUCGUCCCAUUCUCUAGGAGACCUGAAGGGUUCAGAGAGGGUUCGCAAACACUCCACAGGUUCCCUCCAUACAGGUCGUAGGUCGCCCCCUCCAGGCUCGGUCCCAGAGGAGCAGCAGCAGAUCGCCAGGCACGGCUCCUACACCUCUAUUCACACCGAGGGAGAGUUUAUACCUGAGGGCCUGGACCAGAAGUUGCUGGAGCCCUUUGGGAGUGCAGACAACGCUCUGUCCAGCAGCUGUCAAUCAAUAGACCAAAAAUUGGACAGCCCUCCUUUCUCCCAGAACAACCAAGACAAGAACUACCUGAAUCUCAUCUAUGAAGGAUACAAAGGGCGCAACAGUAAAGGAGGGACUUUCCCCCGACAGUUCCACUUGUCCAAUGGUAGUAAAGACUACAGUGAUGGUAAGAGGGCUUCUCCUGAACAAUGCUGCACUAUCACCCUACUGAUAACACUGAUAGGAGACUCCACCAGGCACCCAACCACUCCCAUAGGGAAGGAGACUCCACCAGGCACCCAACCACUCCCAUAGGGAAGGAGACUCCACCAGGCACCCAACCACUCCCAUAGGGAAGGAGACUCCACCAGGCACCCAACCACUCCCAUAGGGAAGGAGACUCCACCAGGCACCCAACCACUCCCAUA